UUUGCGCAAUGGCUCGUACCAAGCAGACUGCUCGCAAGUCCACCGGCGGGAAGGCGCCCCGUAAGCAGCUGGCCACGAAGGCGGCCAGGAAGAGCGCCCCGGCCACCGGGGGCGUGAAGAAGCCCCACCGCUACCGGCCCGGGACUGUCGCCCUGCGGGAGAUCCGCCGCUACCAGAAGUCGACGGAGCUGCUGAUCCGCAAGCUGCCCUUCCAGCGGCUGGUGCGCGAGAUCGCGCAGGACUUCAAGACCGACCUGCGCUUCCAGAGCUCGGCCGUGAUGGCGCUGCAGGAGGCGAGCGAGGCGUACCUGGUGGGGCUCUUCGAGGACACCAACCUGUGCGCCAUCCACGCCAAGCGCGUCACCAUCAUGCCCAAGGACAUCCAGCUGGCGCGCCGCAUCCGCGGGGAGAGGGCUUAAUUAACUACCACGAGAGUACCUCGUUUCUAAAACCCAAAGGCUCUUUUAAGAGCCACCAACUCUCCACGAAAACUGCUGAUAACGCUGCCCAGACUAGAAACCCGAAUGCGGUCAGGGUAAUUACACAUACGAAACACCGGCCUGAAAAUUAUAAGUUUCCAAUGUUUUUCCCCCACUUACAGUUUUGUAGUGAUUAAAGCCGUGGCUUUGACCCGCGGGGAAUGAAAUAAUCCGGCGAUGAUAUGCUGGACUUCUACAGGAUUAAGAUACCGGAGAUCGGGCUGCAAGUUUUUCGGAACAACGGACCUGUGACGUGGUCACUCGUUUUGUUUUUUUAGUGGAAUCCAGCACUUUUUAG